AUGGAUGAGCGGGCGAACAAUGGCGCCAAUAGGCGCUCCCACUGCACCCUCGCGCAGUCGUCCUGCCAGCCUCGCCGCCCCAACUUUAUUCCGCCGCCAGCGAGCCGCGUCGUGCCGUUCUCUCGCCCUUCUUCAUCACCAUCUCGCGCCGCGGCCGCACUCUCACUCUGCGACAACAUCGGCACGCUAUGCGACGCGCUCUUUGAGCCUUCGUUUGGAACAUCUUUCGACAAGCAUCCUAACACUCCUCGCCACUACCACCACACCUUGCGCCGAAGCGAGGCCGACUCCCGAUCUGCGUUCCUCGAAAUUGCAGCCAAAGCCAUGGGCGAAGGCGAUUCCAACAUGGCCAGCCUGGGCUCCGUCGCCCUCAAUGGCUCCUCGCCCAAGAAGGUCGCAUACUUUUACGACUCCGACAUUGGCAACUACGCCUACGUCACGGGCCACCCCAUGAAGCCUCACCGCAUUCGCCUGGCGCACAGCCUGAUCAUGCAGUACAACCUCUACCAGAAGAUGGAGAUUUACCGCGCGAAACCUGCCACUCGUGGCGAGAUGACGCAGUUCCACACGGACGACUACAUCGAUUUUCUCCAAAAGGUCACCCCAGACAACAUGGACAGCUACAUGCGCGAGCAGGGCAAGUACAACGUGGGCGACGACUGUCCCGUGUUCGACGGCCUCUUCGAGUUUUGCGGCAUCAGCGCCGGCGGCAGCAUGGAAGGCGCCGCUCGCCUGAACCGUCAAAAGUGCGACAUUGCCGUCAACUGGGCUGGUGGACUCCAUCACGCUAAGAAGUGCGAGGCCAGCGGCUUCUGCUACGUCAAUGACAUUGUCCUCGGUAUCCUCGAACUGCUUCGCUUCAUGAAGCGCGUUCUCUACAUCGACAUCGAUGUGCACCACGGCGAUGGCGUCGAGGAAGCCUUUUACACGACCGAUCGCGUCAUGACCGUCUCGUUCCACAAGUACGGCGAGUAUUUCCCUGGAACUGGCGAACUUAGGGACAUUGGCAUUGGCCAGGGCAAGCACUACGCGGUCAAUUUCCCUCUCCGCGACGGCAUCACGGACGAGUCCUACAAGUCAAUAUUCGAGCCCGUCAUCGAGAACGUCAUGAAGUACUAUCAGCCCGAGGCGGUUGUUCUUCAGUGCGGAGGCGACAGUCUGUCUGGAGACCGAUUGGGAUGCUUCAACCUGAGCAUGGACGGGCACGCCAACUGCGUCAACUAUGUCAAGAGCUUCGGCCUGCCCACUCUCGUCCUUGGUGGCGGCGGCUAUACUAUGAGGAAUGUCGCCCGCACCUGGGCCUACGAGACUGGAGUCCUCGUCGGUCAAGACAUGGAGCGUACUCUGCCAUAUAACGAAUACUAUGAGUACUACGCCCCCGACUUUGAGCUGAAUGUCAGGUCGUCAAACAUGGAAAAUUCGAACAGCAGGGAGUACCUCGAGAAGAUCACGGCAGCCGUCAUCGACAACCUCCGCCAGACUGGCCCGGCACCGUCGGUGCAGAUGCAGGAUGUCCCUCGCAAGCCGUUUGGCGGUAUGACGGACGAAGAGGAAGCCGAGCUCGAUGAUCUCGACGAGGAUGAGAACAAAGACGUUCGAAUGACGGAACACCGUUGGGACAAGAACGUCACAAAUGAUGCCGAAUUCGAGGCGAGCGAUGACGAAGACAUGGCCAGCGCCAACGGCGCGACGCGUCGGAAUGGCAACAAGCGCACCUUCACUGACUUCCGUAAGGGAGAAGCCGAUGUCGAGGGCGAGACCACCACUCCCCGAAGCCGCAAGGAUGGGGACGCCGACAAGGAGCCGUCGGAGGAAGAGGUCCACGACGUCAACGACGACACAAUUGAAGAUGUCGGCGCCACCGAGGAAUCUGAAAAGACGGAAACCGUUCAGGCAGAGGCGCCCAAAGAGCCGGAAAAGCAAAACGUUGACGAUGAUGGCGACGUGGGCAUGACAGACUCCGCCCCCGCCGACGAGACAGCCGUCAAGAAGGAAGAGGUUGAGCCCGAGCCGGCACCAGAAGCUGAAGCGGCUGAUAAACCCGCCGAGGAGAAGCGCGAUGAGUCAGAGGCACCGAAGGGGGAGACCCGAGCAACGGCUGAGCCAGAGAGCACUGAGGAGAAGAAGGCCGCCGAGCCGGUCAAGGAGGCUGAGCCCGAGAAAUGCGCUGACAAGGACACUGCCAAAGAGGACGAGGCUCCGGCUGCCGAGCCCAUGGAAGUUGACCAAGACAAGGAGGAGCCCAAGAAGCCCAGCGAGGGGCCCGCUGAUAGCGCGACGAGCUAGUCGCCGCCUACGAACAUCGACCUGGCAUGGUCUCGUUUGACUGGCCUUGGCAGCCUCCGUUCGGAUGCGCAAUGCUUUUCUUGUACUCUAGAAGCUGAGGCGUGGCCGAAGCGGCGUUUAGGCGUAUAUGGCAUAGCGAGUGAUAUCAGGGGCGGAUACCGUCGCGGUUUGGGGAGGACAGGUGUAUUUCUGGCUCAUGAUUUCUCUUUUGACUAGGUACCUGAAGCACGGUGCACGUCUUUUGUAAUAUGCCUCGGGACUUCAGUCUGUGCAUUCGUCACUCGGGACAGUUACAAAUGUUUAGCAAACGCGCCCUGACAAUUCGUUAGGUUGGGCGAGCGACUCUGCGAGGCUGGCAGGGGGACGGAUCCCUCCCAGCGCAGGACCCCGCUGUGGUGCUAGCGCCACCUGCAAG